AUGCCAAUCUAUUAUGGUAAAUUCUACUCAUGUAUGCAAUGUGAGUUCAUUCUACACGAAACAUAUGCAAAACUUUCUCGCAAACUAUAUCACCCGAUACAUCCACAUAUGCUCACUUUGUUGGGAGGAUAUGAUGGUGUUGUGGACUUUCUUGUGGAUAAUUGUUCAGUUUGUUCUUGGUUGUGCAAAGUUGGUUUCUUCUAUGAGUGUGGUAAAGAAGGAUGUGAUUUUCAGCUACAUGUGCAGUGCGCCACAAUUUCCGAGCCAUUAGUCAAUGGAGGUCAUAUGCAUCCUUUAUUCCUAACAUCCAAACCAGGAGAGCAACGGAGAAUUUGUUCGAUUUGCAAAGAUUUUAAUUAUUGUCGCACAAAUGAAACAUUCAAUUGCCUUGAGUGUGACUUUUCUUUGUGUUUUGAAUGUGUUAGUUUACCUCAAAAGGUGAGGUACAAGCAUGAUAAGCAUAUGCUCAAUCUUUCUUAUGGAGAGGAAACAAGUACCAUGACAUAUUGGUGUGAAGUUUGUGAGAGAAAAUUAGAUCCAAAAGAGCGGUUUUAUACUUGUGAUGAGAACUGUUGUGUAUCCCUACACAUUAUAUGUCUGCUUGGAUGGGACUUAUACAUGAAGCCCGCUUCAUCGUGGAUCUUCUACGGUAAAAAGGUAGAUGUUCUGCCCAACAAUCAACAUAUGUCUCGACCUAUAUGCUCCUUUUGCAAGAAUCGAUGUCCAUACAAAACAUUUUUAAUACGGCUUGGAUUUAGAUUUUGUUCCACACGUUGUCUUAGUAGAAACUGA